GAAAUGGAUCAGUGAAAUAUCAACAGAAAUUAUAUAAAAAAUGUCUUGUUUACAAGCGGGAUCGGUUCUUUCUGCAACGGUAGAACAAGCCUUAGAGAACUGUCUUCUUGUCAGUGUUAAACACAGAUCAAAAGUAUUCAGAGGAGUGCUUUUUGACGAAAAGAACGCCGUUGUCUGGAGAACGUCCCUCGAAGAACAAGCUACAAAUGUUGAACCAGAGAAGAAAACUUUAGGAAGUAGUAGUGCUAUCGGUGAUGGUGCCUCGAGAUGGUCAACACGACAAGCCAGCCUGUUUUACAAGCGACACAACAACAGAUCUUUUUCCAGUAGAAGGAUUCCCAGUUUAUUUAGCGAGGUGAAAGUCCUUACAGAUGCAGAUUUGAUCAAGGAAAGUCGAGAGAGUUCUAAAAACAUGGUGGACAAGAUGGAAAGUUCAACUAAAAGACCAUCUGCCUCUGGUUAUCAGAAAAGCAAGCAAGGACAGAUCACGAAAGCGAAGGAAAAUUCAAGAAGAAAAACUAAUCUUUCGAGCCAGAUAAAUGUUAGGAAUUCUAAAUGUGAAGCUAACUUGAAACGGAAGUCUUCAAAUCAAGACAGCUGUAGCAGAUCAAGGAAAAGGAGACCAGACAGUGUGAAGGUUGUAGGGAAGGGUGUCCAGAAACAAACCCAAACAAAGAAACCCAAGGCUGAUUUCAAAGAUCCACUAAAAACUGAAGUAAAAAUGGAAAGCAAGUGGUCUCUUGGAUCAAAGAAUUUAGCAGCAAAGGGUGUUUCCUCAACACAGUUUAAAUUACUCUUGACUAACUCAUGUUCUGUUCCUGUUGUACCAGUUGAAGUUAUGUCAAGCAGUGGACAGCGACAACUUGGGGCUGUUCUGUCAUUUAAUAAACUUGAUCCACCUUUAUGUACAGUGACAAAAAGAAUGACUUCCAGCAAUGACAAAGAAUUGUUGACUUCUUUGACUGAUGAUCAGAAUGUUCAUGACAAUGUUGACAAAACAGAUCAAAAUCAAUCAAAACAGUCAGAUGCAGAGGUGAAUCCAACAAGCAGAAGAAUUGAAAACAGCAAUGAAAUUGCAACUAGAUCUGAGGGGACUGUUGAAGGAGAAGAAACAUGUGUCUCUAACAUUUUGCAUGAUCAGUAUGUGAGGUUGUCGCCUUCACAGGAACAAGACAUAGAAAGACAGGACAGUAAUAAGAUUACCCAGACUGAGGAAGUUGUAGAGGCUUUGGAUGAUUUUGAUGGGGAAAGAAACAACAAUGAGAGUGUGGCAAGUGAAGAACAACAGAAUAUUGGGACACAAGAGGCACAGCUUGUAAAUGUUCCUCUUAAAAGAUCAGCAAGAAUAAGUGAACGCAGGGAAUAUAUUUUGCACUCUCAACCAAAGAGUGCAAAACUUGGACACAAAAAAUCAUCUGUGGAAUCUAAUGUUUUGGAAGAAGUCGAAUCAGUUUUUGGUCAAGAUAAUGCUGUUUUGAAAUCAUCAGGCUCCCUUAUUUCAAACCAACCCACUGAAGGAUCAACUCCCACAAAUCAAAACUCUCAUAAGCAAAAGAAUAGUGCUUCAUCCACUAAAUACACUCAGAGAAUGACCUGGAAACUUCAGCCCCAAAUGACACCGGCAGAUAACAUAAACCCUGUGUCUGUUGGCGACAUCGUGUGGGGUAAGGUCCAUGGUCAUCCAUGGUGGCCUGGAAGGGUGUUGGCAAUCAGUGGAAUUCGGAAUGAAGAAAGCAACAACCCUUGGGACAGGGAUGCACAUGUAUCAUGGUUUGGGUCCAAUACCAGCUCUAUUAUGCACAUUCACAGUCUUCAGUUAUUCCUGCCCAACUUUGCCAAACGACACAAAAAGCAGAAGAAAGGGUAUUACAGAGUAGCUGUUCGACAGGCACAGGAAGCCUUGAUGGCUCUAAAUGGCACUGAUUGAUACCAGCUGCAAAUAUCCUGGAUAUCAGAAAUACAAACAAUGAAAACAGCAUAGCACUCUCUAACCCUUCAUACCCUAACAUCAGUAUCUAUGUUUUUCUCUUUUCGUUUCCUUUGGUACUGACAAGAGGAAUUUGUUUACCAAUCAUAGCUCCUUAGAUUGGGGAUCAUUUCCUUUAUUCUCAUGAUCUCAAUGAAUGAUUUAGCAGUAUUGAAAUAAGGAGAAAUUUGAUGCUGGUUACUUUUUGGGUCUAAGGGGUUGGAUGUACUUUAAUAAACAGUAAGUUACAGCACUGAAGGAAAUUAUUGGUUAACCCAACUACAAGAAGGCUGUACAAUCAUGUGAUUGGCCUUGACUUUUUGCCACUCUGGAACAUACCAAGGCAGAAUUGGUUCAAGGCUAUUUUUGCUUUAUUGUUCUUCAGGAAGGGGUAAGUGAAAGAACUGCAUGCAUAAAUAUCAUGUCAUGCUAAAUAUUUCAAAUUUAAUCUCCUUAUAGGCUUAAGUUAUUUAAUUUUUUUGGCAUGUGACCUAAAUUCUGUUAAAAAACAUCUUGAAAACAAGAUAAAAAUUAAGUCCUACCCUUGUUUAAUUUUAAAAAGCUGACAUUUCAAACUUUAUGACAGCAUUAGAUGAGUGAGCUGAAUUAAAACCUUGCCUAUUGUUCCACAAGAGCAGUUCAACAUAUGUUUUUAAAUACAUGAUAGGACUCUCAAAGAAGUAAAACAGUUGCACUAUAUAGUAAAACACACAAUGUGAAGUUUUCUGAAUAAUAGCAUGGUUAUAUGUUGCCUAAAAGUAAAUCAGUUCAUGUCAAGGCACCAAAGUAAUCUUUGUUGAGAGAAAUUAGUCAAAUUUGGUAUUCAUGUGACACCACUGUGAGUUAGCACAACUGCUAGAUGAAUGAUUUUACCAUAAAACAACUAUAUAAGGAAUACCGUGAGGUGAGGUAAACUUCCAAAGAAACUGUAGUACUGCGUCAGUGAGGGAUAUUACAUGAUAAUUUGGUUCCAUCAACUGAGUUGAUAAAUAAAUGUAAAUUGGCCUCCAUUGGGAGCCCAUUAGCCGGAGCUUCCGUCUUCCAUACUUACCCUCUGAGUCAACCCUGUUCCAUAUCUUUUUAUUUUUAGAAGCAUCUCCCACAGGGUUUUUUGAGGGUGUUUACUUAAUAGCCAAUCAUAAGAGAGCUGUGGUCCUCUAUUGUUUUCAUCACAUGCAGGCUGCAUGAAAGCAUUUCAAUUAUGUGCACAUCAGCGUGUUUUUGCAGGAAAUUAAAGAACUCCCCACAUAUCUCAGUUCUAAAAAUAAAAAGAUAGGGGACAGGGUUGACUCAAGGGUACAAUUGGUAUGGAGGCUCCAGGUAAUGGACUCCUGCCUCAAUAAAGAGUUUCUAAAGCUGGCAUUUAGCUUUGAAGAAGGGCUGACACUUGAAAUAUCAGCUUUUGAAACUCUUUAUUGGGGCCAAUUUACAUUGACAAUUCAGUUAGUAAAGCCACAUUUUCUUGAAGGAAUAUUCAUACAAGUUGUUUGACCUCUACUGAGGGCAAUGCUAGGAAAUUAGAGUAAUGUGGUGCUUUAUAAAAAGAAAUACUGUUAGUAUUUUUUGGAAAAAAAAAUUCUUCACAUCCUAAGAGUUUGCCAAUUGUAGAGGGAACACAGCAACUAAUUACAAUCAAAUUCCAUUUCCACGAAGUUGGUGAUUUAAGCUGAGAAAGUGAGAAAUCUUGACUUUUUUCAAAGGUUUCUGUGAGAAAGAAGUGAUUGACAAGUAAUAGUGGUGAAUCAUUUAUGAUGAACAUCAAAAUUGUGCAGACACAAACUGACCAACCAAGAAAUUAUCUGUAAAAGGUAAAGAAUUUAAUGUAACUAUGGGAUGACUUAUGAGGAGCCAGAAUUUACAUUUAAUUGUUAACUAAGUGGUUGGAUAACAGUGAGUCUGGGUAAAUUGUAAUAUUUAGAUGAAGUCUCUCCUUUAGAGUUUAAUGGGAAAAUUAAGUUAUUUGUUAAACAUUUGUAUUAUUGCAUAAUUUGCAAAAAUUUGUGUCAGAAAGCAAUAAGUUAAUUUAUGUUAUUUAAAGAAUAAUUUUCGUUAAAAUUGUUAGUUAUUGUUUAUGCUAGCACAUAUUAGAGAGUUUUUGGGCUAGUUAGAUGGCCAUGUUAGGAAGCCUAAGGCUUUUGAAUAAUAUUAAAUAACUUGAGGUUUCUAAAUUAAGAGAAAAUGUAACUGUUUUGUAGGAUGUAUAUUUUGUAGAUA